AUGGUACACGUUGAAGCCCAGCUGCAUCCCGUCCACGACGUGGCGUCCUUCCUCAUCUUCGAAAAAAGCAAGGCGACGGAGCUCUUGGACUGCCAUGCCUGCCACCUCCCGCUCCAACCGCCUAUCUUCGCGUGCGACGACGGGCACCUGAUGUGCUCGUCCUGCCGCGGCGCGCACGGCGAGGACUGCGGCCGUGUCACCGCCCACUGCCGCCUGGCAGACGCCUACGCCGGCGCCGUCAAGCUGCCGUGCGACUACGUCAAGUUCGGCUGCGAGGCGGGCCUCAUCGUCUGCCACGACGCCUCGGACCAUCGCCGCGCUUGCCAGUACGCGCCCUGUUACUGCCCGGAGUGCGCCGGGCCCCGUGGCGGCGAUGGCGGCUGCGAUUUCUCCGGCUCCCGGCAGAUGCUGCUCGACCACAUUUCCACGGAACACUCCCGCCCCAUCCUCGUCGUCCGCUACGGACAGCCGGGGAAGCACAGCCUGCCCCUUACCCGGCGCUGGCACGUCUUCGUCGGCGAGGAGGAUAUGGCCGAUCUGCAGCGUAACUUGUUCCUGGUUGUCCUGGACGAGCGCGACAACAGCACCGUGGUGUCGCUGGUGUGUGUGAGGGCUGAUGACGAUGCACCGGGCGCGCCGCAGUUCUCGUACAAGCUCGCCGUGGAGCACACCGGCAGUGGCGCGAGGGUGACGUUGGAGUUGCCGGUGAUGACAAGCAACUUCUUGCCCGGUGGCACGCCAUGGCCGGACGAGGUCACGUCUCUCUCUGUGCCAAAAGCGUAUUUGUCUGGCGGCGCUGUCCCGGUCACCAUCCACAUCGACAAACACGUUCCUCCUCCUCCGCCUCCUCGUCCUCCUUCUCCUCCUGCUCCGGCAACCGCCACUGUGUUCAAAUUCACAGCGACAGAUCAAGGCAGCAAGAAACGAAAAUCUACGAAUCCGAGGAAACUCUAG